AGGCCAGCUCUCCACUACUACCUUGAUGUAGUCUUCAUCGCCACCCCAACAGAUGGAGCCAUGCCUAGCAUCUAGUUUUUGUAUCCAUUUCAACACAAAGAUUCCCCAAACACUUGCUUUAUAACCAUAACUUAUAACAACAUAGUUGAUUGCAACAAGUUCAUUGUUAGGGCACCAUGAUAACCUUCUUUGCAACCACUUUAUGCAUCUUCCUCCUCUUUGCACUCCUGUGGUUCCUGCAUAAGGUAUGGUGGACUCCAAUUCGGAUUCAAAGUUUCAUGGCUUCACAAGGAAUCAAAGGACCUUCUUAUAGAUUCAUUCAUGGAAGCACCAAGCAGAUCAGCACCAUGUUGGAGGAAACCGAAAGCAAACCAAUGGAGGACAUAUCUCAUCAUUUAUUCCCAAGACUGCUGCCCCAUGUUUAUGCUUGGACCCAACUAUACGGGAAAACUUAUCUUAAUUGGCAUGGUCCUCGAGCUCAAUUGGUAGUCGCUGAACCUAGCCUGGUUAAAGAGAUAUUGAAUAACAAAGAUGGAGCAUACCCAAAAACAAAGAUCGAUGAUUACUUGAAGAAGCUGUUAGGAGAUGGAAUUGUGAUAUGUGAAGGAGAAAAAUGGUCAAAGCUACGCAAAAUAGCCAACCAUGCUUUCCAUGGAGAGAGCUUGAAGGAAAUGGUUCCAGCAAUGGUAAAGAGUGUGGAAACAAUGCUAGAAAGAUGGAGACAGCAUGAAGGAAAGGAGAUCGAGGUGUAUGAAGAGUUCAGGAUGCUAACAUCAGAAAUUAUUUCCCGAACAGCUUUUGGAAGUAGUUACUUGGAAGGCAAGAACAUAUUUGACAUGUUGAUGAAGUUGGGGGUGAUUGUGUCAAGAAAUGAGUUGAAAAUUAGCUUUCCGGCCAUCGGAAAAUUUGUGAAAUCACGCGAUGAAAUUGAUUCGGAUAAAAUAGAACAAGAAAUUCGAGAUUCAAUCAUAGCAAUGGUAAAGAAAAGAGAAAACAAGGUGAUAACAGGCGAAACAGAGAGCUAUGGGAGUGACUUUCUUGGAUCGCUUAUAAAGGUUAAUCAUGAUGCCAAUGAGAAUAAUAGAAUUUCAAUAGACAACAUAGUAGAUGAGUGCAAGACAUUCUACAUUGCUGGACAAGAAACAACAAAUAGCUCACUAGCUUGGAGUGUUCUUCUCCUAGCAAUCCACACAGAUUGGCAAGACAAAGCAAGAAAGGAGGUUCUUGAUUUGUUUGGCAACCAAAACCCAAAUCUAGAGGGCAUUGCGAGAUUAAAGACGGUGAGCAUGAUCCUAAAUGAAACUAUGAGGCUGUAUACACCAGUAAUCCAGGUGAUAAGAAAAGUUGAAAGGGCAGUCAAGUUGGGGAAGCACAAUCUUCCGUCUAAUAUAGAUGUAACCGUUCCAAUUCUAGCACUGCACCAUGACCCUGAAAUAUGGGGACAAGAUGUUCAUCUCUUCAAGCCAGAGAGAUUUGAAGAAGGGGUGGCUAAAGCAACUAACAACAUUGCAUCAUUUAUUCCAUUUAGCUUUGGACCCCGGAUGUGCGUCGGCUUGAAUUUUGCAAACGCUGAAUCGAAGAUAGCACUAUCAAUGAUUCUGCAACGUUAUAAGUUCACUCUAUCACCAACUUAUGUCCACUGGCCGAUUCAAAUGCUCACACUUCGCCCGCAGCAUGGAAUUCAAGUCAUAUUCCACCAGCUCUAAAUUUGAAUAGUAAAAUUUUCAUGUCUUGUAAGAAUAAUGUUAUGUUUUUCUGUCCGUGUGAUUUAAAAUAAAUAAUUGUUUGAACCAACUUGUUCUGAAAUUUCAA